CUCGGUCGGUAAAGAGGAGUUUUCGAAAUCGAGCGUCGCGUCGCGUCGUUCCGCUGGCGAGAUCGCAAGAAAAUCAAGAGGGAAGAGGGUCGACUCCGCGAAGCGUUUCCGAGGGUCUUCGUGCACCUCUCUCUAGCUUCCUGGCUCCACGUUGGGCGGUCGACGGCGCGUAAACAGAGGGGCCUGGAUAAGCGUUCGUAAUCGGACAUAGGAGAUGGAGAGGCGGAGUCGCGAUUCGCCGAGGGUGCCGUUAUCGGCGCGGCCCAAUAACCGGCGGCGCGAUAACGAGGUACAUCGGUCUAAGAGCGCCGGGCGACUCCGGUUUCCUCGCGGCUUCCUUCUCUCGCUCCCUCCACCGCGGUAUCGUCCGCCGUUUACCAUCCCCUCCUAUCGAAUCGGUCUCUCCCUCUUUCCUCCUCUUUCUCCCGGCCUCUCCCGCUUUCUUCCUGCCCCCUCCGCCGGCCGCGAUCUCGCCGGUUUUUCAAAAUACGCUUCUAUGACUCUUUUUGUGUUCAGUAGAGCCGCGGACACCCAGAGAGGAACAGCCGGGGAGGGAGAAAGAGGGAGAGAGAGCAGAAGGCCCGCGCUUCCGCGUUAGUUCGCCGUUAGUGUACCGUUUCGCUAAUUCAACCCGAGUCGUCGCUCCUACGAGGGAAAUCGCGGCGAGUUCUGCCAUGCUGCUGUCCGGUGUCUGGUUCGAGGCGAUCGCCGCGGCGCUUUUCGCCGUCCUGCUCCUGGUCACGGGAUACAGGCCACCCUGGUGGUUCUGGACGGGAACACCCAACCAGGCUGCCGCCUCGAGCGACAAGGCAGCCAGGCCCAGGAAAACCGUCAAGGAUGUUCCUGGACCUCUUCCUCUCCCCGUCCUGGGCACCAGGUGGAUCUUCUCCUGGUUCGGCUGCUACAGCAUGAACGAGAUCCACGUCGCCUACAAGGAUCUGCACCGGCGAUUCGGGCCGCUCUGCAAGGAGGAGGCGCUCUGGAACUGGCCGAUAGUCUCGGUGUUCUCGCGGGAGGACAUCGAGGCCGUUCUGAGGCGCGGCUCUCGCUUCCCCCUGCGCCCUCCCCAGGAGGUGAUCUCCCAUUAUCGGCAAUCGAGGCGGGACCGCUACACCAACCUCGGCCUCGUCAACGAGCAGGGACUAACGUGGCAGAGACUGCGCGCUGCCCUCACCCCGGAGCUGAUGGGAGCCAGCACCGUCCUGGGCUUCCUUCCGGCGCUGAAUAGAGUCACCGAUGACUUCGUCGACCUGAUCCGGAACAGGAGGACCGGGACCGCCGUUCACGCCUUCGAGGAGCUGGCCUACAGGAUGGGCCUUGAGAGUACGUGCAUGCUGAUCCUCGGCCGCCAUCUUGGAUUCUUGAAGCCCGACUCCGGCUCGCUAACCGCCAGACUAGCCGAAGCCGUGAGGGUCCACUUCAGGGCCUCGCGAGACGCUUUUUACGGCUUGCCCUUGUGGAAACUGCUUCCAACGGCUGCAUACAAGAGUUUGAUUGAGAGCGAGGAUACGAUUUAUAACAUCAUUUCGGAGCUAAUGGAGACGACGCUUUGGGAGCAACAGAGCGACGCCCCCGAUAGCGGCGUCGAGGCCGUCUUCAGGUCCAUCCUGCGCGAGAAGAACCUCGACAUUCGGGAUAAAAGAGCCGCCAUCGUGGACUUUAUAGCCGCUGGUAUACACACGUUGGGUAAUACCCUGGUGUUCCUGCUCUACCUCGUGGGAAGGAACGCCCGGCUGCAGAAGCGCCUCCACGAGGAAGCGAUCUCGCUGGCUCCACCAGGGUGCGACCUCACCGCUGAGGACCUUCGCGGAGCCAAGUACCUGCGAGCCUGCAUCACCGAGGCUUUUAGAGUUAUCCCGACAACUCCCUGCAUCGCGCGAAUUUUGGACGAGCCCAUCGAACUGGCGGGCCACUAUCUCAAUGCCGGGACCGUUGUUUUACUGCACACCUGGAUAGCAGGUUUGGAUGACAGGAACUUCAAAGAUGCCUCAAAAUGUAUCCCGGAAAGGUGGUUGAAACCCACCGUUCCUCAUUCUCCUCUCCUGGUGGCGCCUUUCGGUAGCGGCCGACGAAUAUGCCCUGGAAAGCGAUUCGUCGAGCAGACUCUCCAACUCAUUCUUGCAAAGGUCGUUCGAGAGUUCGAGAUCGGUGCCGAAGAGGAGUUAGGUUUACAAUUCGAAUUCAUCCUUGCGCCCAAAGGACCCGUUUGUUUAUCGUUCCGAGAUCGUUCGGAAAGACUGUAAAUCGUUGUUUUAUACACUCGAGUGAUAAUCCUUGGAACGUCGAGAGACCAAUGCGCGAAUCGUUUGGCAAUUUUAGGAAGAUGGCAUCUCGAUUGGACCGGAAUGUCGGAGAACUCUGUUUAAGGUGAUGCGAAAUUAGCAUCCAAGUAGUCUUGUUUAUGGGACCUUUUUCCGAACCGGGUGUACCGAAUCAUUUGAAAUUAUACCUCGUGAAUAUAGCGGCCCUAAUAAAGGUCCCGGUACUUUAUACAAUUUCCAAAUUUUUCUAUUUUUGUAUAAACAAUUUUUUAAUUUCCCAUGGAAAAUUGAUUUUCAUGGGUG